AUGGGCACAUCCUCUGGUUCCAACAUCCACCACCAGAAUAACUCGUCUUCAAUGUUGCCUCCACGUCAGCAGAAUCCCCGCCCAACUGGACUGCACACCUCAUUAUCCCUCGUCCCUUCAUCGGAUCCUCGCUUGUCCCCAGAAGGUCAGGAGCCAAGGUCCAACUCCGAUAACCGCCGCGAGUCCCCUACAGAGAGUGCGAGUUCCCGGGAGACUUGGCCUACUACCGAUCCCUUAACGGCGUCCAAGCAGAUGGAGGGUAAUGGCAAGGCUGAGAACAGCAACGAUUGCCCCCCGGAGCAGUCUGUCAUUCGCCGCGUCUCCUCUGCUGAUAGGAUAUCUCUUCGCGACAUAGCUAGAGAGCGGGUCGAUGUGGUGGCAGAGAAGAUGCACAGGCUGCCUGAUGAGUUUCUCGACGAGCUGAAGAAUGGGCUCAGGAUGAUACUCGAGGGAAAUGGUGGGUCGCAACAGAGAGAGGAGUUCUUGAUUUUGCAGAAGCUUGUCCAGAGUAGGUCCGAUUUGACUGCCAAGACAUUGAUAAGGGCACACCGUCUGCAGCUAGAGAUCCUUGUGGCGAUUAACACAGGGAUUCAGGCUUUCUUGCAUCCCAACAUCAGCCUCUCACAAACUGCUCUGAUCGAGGUUUUUGUGUUCAAGAGAUGUAGAAACAUAGCUUGCCAGAACCAACUUCCGGCUGAUGAUUGCACCUGCGAUAUAUGCACCAACAGGAACGGGUUCUGCAAUCUCUGCAUGUGUGUGAUCUGCAACAAGUUUGAUUUUGAAGUGAACACUUGUCGGUGGAUUGGCUGUGACUUGUGUUCUCAUUGGACUCAUACUGAUUGUGCUAUUCGUGAUGGGCAAAUAUCUAUGGGGUUGUCUUCCAAAACUGGAGCUGGACCAGCCGAAAUGCUUUUCAGGUGUCGAGCUUGUAACAGAACAUCUGAGCUCUUGGGUUGGGUGAAGGAUGUUUUCCAACAUUGUGCACCUGCAUGGGAGAGAGAUGCUCUGAUGAGGGAACUUGACUUUGUCAGUAGAAUCUUCCGUGGUAGUGAAGACCCCAGAGGGCGCAAACUGUUUUGGAAGUGUGAGGAACUUAUUGAGAAGAUGAAGGGUGGGCUUCCAGAGUCUUCUUCUUGCAGAGCAAUAUUGAUGUUCUUCCAAGAGCUCGAUGUUGACUCACCAAAGAGCCUUGAAAAUGGUGAGGGUGGAAGGUUAAUAGCCCCACAGGAGGCAUGCAGCAGAAUAGCGGAAGUAGUACAGGAAGCCAUAAGGAAGAUGGAAAUGGUGGCCGAUGAGAAAAUGCGAAUGUUUAAGAAAGCCCGCAUGGGCCUUGAAGCAUGUGACCGUGAGCUGGAGGAGAAGGCCAAGGAGGUGACUGAGCUGAAACUAGAUAGGCAAAAGAAGAAGCUACAGAUAGACGAGUUGGAAAGAAUUGUGAGGCUCAAGCAAGCUGAAGCUGACAUGUUCCAGCUUAAAGCCAACGAAGCUAAAAGAGAAGCCGAGAGAUUGCAAAGGAUAGCUCUCGCGAAGACAGAGAAAUCAGAGGAAGACUAUGCCAGCAGUUAUCUGAAGCAAAGGCUGAGUGAAGCCGAGGCAGAAAAACAGUAUCUAUUCGAGAAAAUUAAACUUCAGGAAAGUUCAAGGCCGUCACAAAGCGGUGGUGGCAGUGGUGGGAGUGAUCCGUCACAGGUUCUGUCAUAUUCCAAGAUUCACGACCUGCUUCAUGGCUACAACGCAGGUCCGAAAUCAGACUCCCAGUUGAGUGAUCGCCACCACCAUUUCAGGACUAAUCCUUGA